CAAAUAGGGAAACCCCGCCCUUCGGCGCAACAUUGGAAGUCCAGUUAGCCUAGUUAGUUGAUCAUGGCGAUGAAGCUAGCUGUGUUUGGGGCCACUGGCCCGACCGGUCAGCAACUGGUCAAGGAGGCGUUAGCCAGGGGUCAUCAAGUGGUAGCCCUUGUCCGAACUCCAGAGAAGAUAACGGAAAAGCAUGAUAAGUUAACGGUUGAGAGGGUGGACAUCUUCAAACCGGAAGAUCUAGUGCCACAUCUGAAAGGUUGUGAUGCGGUCUUGUCGGCUUUAGGUUACCAUAAAGGCAUCAAUGUCUUUAAAACAGUCACGCUGUACGAGGACUCCAUGAAAUCGAUUACAGAGGCGAUGAAAGAAGCCGGGGUCAAAAGGGUCGUGUGUGUGACAUCGUGGUGCACAGAAAAAACACCUGGAAGCCCGAAGAUUGUCGAGUGGUUUGUCCGUCCGGUGAUGAUCGGAAAAACUCUGCAGAGCAUGGCAGCCAUGGAGAGGUUCUUGGCCAAUGACUGCCCAGAUGUGAACUACACCGUGGUGAGACCGCCCGAACUGCUGGACAAACCAGCCACAGGAGCAGAGAUUAAAACUGAGGAUGGACAGUUCAUAUCGUGCCCGGAAACGAUACCUAAAAUAGCCCGAGGUGACUUGGCAAGGUUCAUGCUGGAUUGCUUGACAACUGAUCAGUGGGAUCGAAAAGCCGUAGCCGUUGCUACCUGAUUGGUUUGCUCUCUCACAGCCGUAUUUCCGUCGCAAAUCUGGCAGCAUUCAUUGGCUCAGCAGGAUGGCAUACCGUUUGGCAUUCGUGUGAUAUCAUAUGAUCGCGUGACCGCAAGUGCAUGAGUUUGUUUGUGUUCAUUUAGAAAUGUUAUGUCUUUCUUCGUGGUGGUUUUUGUCAUAUAUAUAUAUAUAUAUGACCCGGAGUUAUGUCAGGACGCCUAACUUUCUUCUAGGUCAUGUCGCUGUAUCAUACAUAUUUAUAUAUUACUCCUGACCAGAUCAAAAUCUUUUUUUUUCAAAUUAUUACCUGUCGAGUGGCUCAGUAUUUAUUUAUAAUAUGCUCUAUAGUUUUACAAGACGAUGAAGAGACACACAGGGUUUCAUUUUAUUAUUUCUUGACGUGCAUGUGUUUUACACCGUAUUCAAAACAUUUUACUAUAUGCCCAGCCACGUAUAGAGGGGAUACCUGGUCAACUCGCCAAGCAUCGGGCGCAUCUCCGGAAGUACCGGUAGGAUACCGUUGGCCAAAGAGCCAGCGAAAGCUGGAUACGAACAGGCGACUUUAUUGGGCCAGGGGUAACGCCACAAUCCAGAGGUGACGGUGCAUGUGUUUGUGUGUGUUCAUGGUUGUUUUUUUUAUGGUGUAGGAUCGAUGAUAAAUUAUUUUAGUGCUAUUUUAAAAUGAAAAUAUGUCGAUAGGCAAAUAAAUAUUAUACAUUGGAAA